AUGUUGUCUAUCAAAAACAUUUCUCUUGUGGCUGCCUUCGCCGGGCUUGCUGUUGCGCUCCCAACUCCUGCCGAGGACGCUGCCCUUGUCGAACGCCAAUGGCACGGUGCUCACCAACACUGGAAACAACCGGAGAACGUUGUCUGGGUCACUAUCACUGAAACCGCUGGCGCUCCUACCGUUGCAACCGCCACUGCUGUUUACACACCCCCUGCAGCUGUGGUCCCCUCGGCCGCACCCGUCGCUGCUUCUUCCUCGUCCGCCGCUCCGGCAGUUGCCUCUUCCGGCGCCACCGGCUACAUGGCCAUCGUCUCAAAAUAUCGUGCGGCUGGUGGUCUCCCAGCCCUUACUCAGGACAGCACCCUCGAAGCCAAUGCUCUCAAGACCAGCACUGAUAGUGUCGGGGGGUUGAAGCAUGAGUUGAACCCUGGUUCUAUGGCUCAGGUGCUUGCCCCUGGCAAUCCCAACAACUUUGAAAGCGUCUACGUUGGCGGUUGGCUCUGCGAGAUUCCCACUCUUCCUGGCUUGGACGGUAUCUGCUCUACCGCUUCUCAGGGCUGGAGCCACGACGGCCAGACAGGGCAUGCAAAAAUAUUGACGGGUUCUUACUCGAAAAUCGGGUGUUCAAUCUCGUCAAAUACCAACGUAUGGGCAUGCGAUCUCGCAUGA